AUUACCUCACAUAUCCGGAGCGCGCGCGGGAGUGCAUUGCGCAGGCGCGCUGCCUGGAGUCCCGCCCCCUGCAGGGGUUGCUCCAAUCACCACUGGAGGCUCCCUCCCAAGCCACCCGCGCUGCUGAGCUGAGAGGAAAUGGCGGGGAGGUCUCUGGCGUCGAAGGCCGAGCCCACCGCCGGAGCCAUGGACGGGGCUGAGAAGGCCGAAGGGCAGGACACAUCCUCACAGAAAAUUGAAGACUUGAUGGAAAUGGUGAAAAAGCUGCAGAAAGUGGGAAGCCUAGAGCCCCGAGUUGAGGUCCUGAUUAACCGGAUUAAUGAGGCCCAGCAAGCCAAAAAGAAAGCCAAUGAAGACCUAGGAGAGGCCCGGACCAUCUGUGAGGCCCUGCAGAAGGAACUGGACUUGUUGCAUGGAGAGAAAGUACACCUGAAGGAGAUCUUGAGCAAAAAACAAGAGACCCUGAGGAUCCUCCGGCUGCAUUGCCAGGAAAAGGAAAGUGAGGCACAGAGGAAGCACACCGUGCUGCAGGAGUGCAAGGAGAGAAUUUCUGCUCUAAGCUUGCAGAUUGAAGAAGAGAAGAACAAACAGAGACAGCUGAGGUUAGCGUUCGAGGAACAGCUGGAGGAGCUGAUGGGCCAGCACAAGGACCUCGGGGACUUCCAUAGGCCAGAGCGGCUGGCAAGGGAGAUUUGUGCUCUGGACAGCAACAAGGAGCAGCUGCUCAAGGAAGAGAAACUGGUCAAGGCAACACUGGAAGAUGUGAAGCAUCAGCUGUGCUCCCUGUGUGGGGCUGAGGGCCCCUCCACCCUCGAUGAGGGACUCUUUCUCCGCAGCCAGGAGGCUGCAGCCACAGUGCAGCUGUUUCAGGAAGAGCACAGGAAGGCUGAGGAGCUCCUAGCAGCUGCUGCCCAGAGCCACCAGCAGCUGCAGCAGAAGUGCCAACAAUUGCAGCAGAAGCGGCAGAGGCUGAAGGAAGAGCUAGAAAAGCGUGGAAUGCAAGUCCCUGCCCAAGCCCAGAGCACACAAGAGGAAGAGGCUGGCCCAGGAGAAGUGGCUCCCAGACCAGGUAGACCAGUGACAUGGUGGAGUUGAAAAGAGAGGCUCACUGAAGAGCACUGUUUCCAUGGAAAAAUGGAACAUGGCAAAGUGCAGAAAUUCUUCAGUCAGUCCAGGACAGACGAGUUCUCUAAGAUGCAGUUAAUUAUGCCUGUUUCAAACAAACUGGUGAUACACUAUCAAA